ACUAUUUAAUUUUUUGAUAAUCAGUGGCUGGUAUAAAAUGAACGUGUUGUAAAGGACUCAGCACAGUUCGAAUAGUUUCACUGGUCAAGUAACAGCAAGUGUCUCUUCGCAAAAAAUGGCAUUCAAGUUUGUGACUUUCCUCGCUCUGGUGGCCGUCGCACGUGCUGGAUUAAUUGCAAGCCCAGCUCUGUCCUACGCCGCAGCUCCAGCUCUAUCCUACGCCGCAGCUCCCGCUCUCUCAUAUGCCGCACCAGCGCAAUUGGCCUACUCUGCUCCAAUUGCUAAAAGCAUCUCGUAUGCUGCUCCUGCCACUAAGACAUUGAUUGCUGCUCCAGCACAACUGGCCUAUGCCGCACCAGUCGCCAAGACCCUCGUCGCUGCCCCGAUUGCCAAGACCAUCGUUGCCGAUGAAUACGACCCGAACCCACAGUACUCCUUCUCCUAUGGAAUCUCCGAUCAGCUGACCGGUGACCAGAAAUCCCAACAGGAAUCCCGCAACGGAGAUUUAGUUCAGGGCUCGUACUCCCUCGUAGAUGCUGAUGGUCUGAAGCGUACCGUUGACUACACUGCCGAUUCACACAACGGAUUCAACGCCGUCGUGCGUCGUGAACCGCUGGUUGCCAAAACACUGAUCGCUCAGCCCGCUCUGGCCACCGAAACAAUCUUGGCACCUCAACCAGCUUUCAGCGCCUAUGCUGCACCAUUGGCAUCCAAGACCAUCAUUGCUCAACCAGCUCUGGCCAGCUACGCUGCGCCUAUCGCUACCAAGUCCUUGAUUGCGCAGCCCGCUAUUGCCUCGUACUCCGCGCCUUUGGCCACCAAGGCUUACCUGGCCCAGCCAGCUUAUGCUUCCUAUGCUGCUCCGGCCCAUUAUUAAGCCGAAUGACUAAUUAUUUUGUUAAACUGUUUAUCUACCACCUGAACUACUAAGACUUUCAAUAGAUGAUAAAAUCAUCCA